UUGUAGGCGCAUUUAAAAAUGUUCUUUUAUAUUUGUAUUCCCGCUGAUUCCCGCGCAGUCCUGCUGCCAUGUCUGUUGCUUUCACUAGUUGUAUGUGAAUGUUAUAAAUAAUAGGUUAACAAUGACGAACACAUAAAAAGUAAUGUAUUAUCUACAAUUUCUUUUUUUCAAGAAGUACUACAUUAGUAUUUUAAUUAGGAAUAAAUUAAUGUGAAAAUGGAUACUGCCUCAAACUCUACAAAAAUUGGAACACAAACCAAAUCUCAAGAUUUACAAGGAAUGGAUUGCGCUGAACGUACACAAGGUGAUGGAAUGGAAAACGUUGUAGCACAGAAAACUGAAACAAAACAAACAAAAUGUCGUCUUGGAGAUGCGCUUAUUUAUCAUCCAACAAACUUAAAACAAUUAAGUUCUAUACCACCUGUUAUGCCAAAUGGUCCAAUAAUUAAUUUAGUACCAAAACAUGUUAUUAAUAUAAAAGAUGAAAAACAUGUUUUAAAUUCAUUGAAAUCGAAAGAACCAAAGUUUGUUCCUUAUGAACCUUAUAAAGCUGCAGUUAAUCCAAUCAUUCCUUACAAUAAAAAAACUAGGAAGUUACAAAAAAGUAAUUUAAAUAUGAAUGUGACUGUCUCUGGGGUUGCUGCAAUGAAAAUUCAUGAAACAGAUGUUCCACCUAUUGAUAUUAAGAAAUCAAAUGAAGAUAAAGCUGUAGAGAGUGAAUGGAUGAAAGAAAAGAAAGUCUAUGAAGCAGAAUUACAAAAACUUAAAGAAGAAAACAGUCAACUUGAAAAUCAAUUAAAAUUUCAAGCACAGGUUAAUGGGGAACUGAAGAAUUUGCUGGUAGCUGCAGUAGGAGAAGAUCUUGAAACAAAAGUUCAUUUAUUGACUGAAGAUAAAUUACAACUUGCUCGGGCUCUUUUAAAUUCAGCUCAGCAUCUUUCAACUCAUCAAGAACAGACAGAAUGGUUGGCUGGUCAGUGUGAAGUUUGGAGGAGUAAAUUCUUAGCCAGUAGCUUAAUGGUUGAAGAACUUGCAAAAUGGAAGGCAGCUCUUGGUCAAAGGACGACGGAUCUUCAAGAAGCAAUAAAAAGACUUUUAGAGGAUCGUAAUCUCAUUCGAGAUACAUGUCUUAAAACUUAUAGAACACUUAGUAUUCUUCGUGAAAACUUCGAUCCUGUUGGAGCCGCUUCAUGUAAAAGACACGAAUUACCAACUACAAAUAUCAUAGAUUUAACACAAGGUUGCUGCCAACUCGCGGAAAUCCUAAAGGUUCAGUUAUUAAGUGGUGUAGAAAAUGUUAAUUUACAGAGAGAAAUUAAUAUAACUGGUUUAGAGAUGAAAACGGUUGCUGAAAAAACUGCAGAGCAACUACUUAUGAGUCCAAAGUUACUCAUGUCAGGAAGACAGGAUGUAGCUUGUAGUGCAGUGAUGGGAGCAGCUGUAGCAAUUGGUGGCCAAAUAUUUCUUCCACGAAGUGAUUCAAACAUAACUUGUUGUCCUCACUGUAGUGGCGAAAUUAAACAAAUUUGAAACUUUU